AGUGAGCAGCUCGGCUAUUUUUGUUCAAACCUCAACUCCGCUUCUGUGAACUGAAGCUCACGCACUUCCUGUGCUGUCGAGAGCAGGUAGCAGUUUGGCAGCGUCAUGCUGCGAGUGAACAACACGCACGAGGACACCCACCCAGAAUCAGAUGUAACGGGGCAGCGGACGGGAGACCCUCACACUGGAAAUUACUGAACCGCCAGCCUCUGCCUGGUCAGCUUUACCAAGUAACUACGCAGUCUUGAGAUGGCCAGUCUCUGGUUUACUCUGUCAGUCAUCUUUGCGUUUGUGUCCCCUGCUGCAAAUCAGGACCCCAGGAAUACAACUAUGGUGGGAGCAGCAACAAACACUUCACUGGGCCAUAGCGCAGAAACAUCUACAAUCUCAACUCCCAUCUCUACUUUGCUGCAAGAAUCCAAAGAAAGCACAGAAGUGAGAAGCAAUCCGGCCAUUGACACCACAAAUGAAAAGGAAUCUACUCCACCAGCUCCAUCUGAAAGCACAGCCCCGUCAAAUAACAAAGGGCGCAUUUCUGGUCUGUCGACUCCAUUAGGUAACGCAGAAGCCAAAGAUGAUUCAGACCCCACUGGUCCACACAAAGUUCAGGAAGGAACAACAAAAGAUUCCGAUGUCCAAUUAGGUUCUUCAUCUUCAGGCACAACUGUGGGUCAUGAGCCUCCUUCCACCUCAACUGCGCGAGGUACGUCUGCAGUGCUUGUGACAAACUCGUCUAAGGAGAUCAACGUGCAGUGGCGUACACAAGGAACAUCAAGAAGACCUGGACCCACCAUGGCUGCAAAAACUGAUGUCAACAGCUCAGCAACCAGUGCAGGGGAGGCGCAGUGCACAAUCGAGUCGACCAAGAGGGGAAAACUGGUGAGCCACUGUCUGAUCGCCAUUGCUGUGCUCUCUGGGAUUGCAACUGCAUUUAUAAUAAGCACAAUCGUUCUGUGCACCAAGCUCUCCAGUAAUAAACAAACGUACAAAGUGAAGGAUUCUCUGGGGACUGAGAUGGUUUGUAUAUCAUCUCUCCUACCAGACAGCGAAGUAAUGCCCAGGAAAGUCAAGCUACCAAAAAGUAACGCUCUUCUUAUUGCCUCCCUGGAAGAAAACGAAGGCGACGAUCUGACGCUGAAUAGUUUUGUACCCGACCACUAAAGGAUGUCUGGCCUUCACUCCGUCAACCAAAAAUCCACAAAUACUUUAUUUUUUUUUCUUUCCCUGCCAUGUUUGCAUUUCUCUAUGCUUGGCAUUGCUUUAUUACAUUAAAUGGAAGGCUCUGGUCACAAAUAAAUCUAAGCAAGUGGAAGAACAAAGACGGUUAAAGCUUUACUAUAAAAAAGGAUUUCUUCCAGUUGCCAUUUAAAUGUGUCAAGUGUAGUCGGUGAAGAGUCCACUCAGUGACCUGCGGAUACACGGAAUAAAGACUUCAUCAUGGGAAAGCGUCGUGAUGGCUACUGAAACCUUCAAAGACUAAAGCUGGAGAAAAAAUAAGUUAUGGACACGCAUGUUUACGUUCGUUUUAUGUCACCAACGUCUUCUAGGUGACCAUGAAGACAGCCAAGAAAUGUGCUUGAGCUCAUCUCUAAAACAGUGCAAGUUCAAUCAGAAGUUCAAAAGCAAUUUAAAACAAAACAAAACUCAUACAAGCUACACUUAGAACUUUCUAGUUUUAGUUAACAAAAUUCAAGUUUCCUUUCCUUCACUUAAAAAAAUAAAAAGCAGAAAUCAGGCGUCGUCGUCUCCGGCACAAUGGAGGGAAGGCCUCUUUAAGCCAGUAAUUCGUUUUUCUCAUUUUUGUAGCACUGGGGUGUUGUACCGUGUCAGCCAUUAUGGGAUGUAGUGAGACGUCAAGCAGAAUGACUCCUUUUAUUGGCUAACUAAGAAAUAUUACAACAUGCAGGCUGUCGAGGCACUCAGGCGAGAUGUGAUCUUCA